CUAUUAAACAACCGAGCAAGUCGCUUCAAUGGAUACAUUAUUCUGCCUUGCCAUUUUCUUCCUGUUCGUGAAGGGACAGUCCCAUGACGAUCUGGUCCGUCUGGAGAAACAGCUGUUCCAAAACUACUCCUCAACAUGGAGACCAGUCAGGAACCACAGUCACGUGACAAAUGUAUCCAUACAAUUCACGAUCGGUUCUCUUGUGUCCAUGGAUAUACUCAACGAACAAAUAGUCAACAAAGUAAUUCUCAGCCUUUCGUGGUAUGACCAAUUUCUGGUCUGGAAUUCCAACGAAUAUGGAGGAAUUGAAAGGAUUGUCCCAAGGAGAGGAACCGUUUGGGAACCAAUGCUACUUGUUCCCAAUGCAGUCCAACACUGGGAUAUGGCCGCAGAUCCAACAGCGUCCUUGUCAGUUGGGAGUACCGGACUUGUCAUUCUUCUACUCGGAGGACCACUCAAAACGUCUUUCCCUGUGGACAUGACGAGGUUUCCCUUUGAUACCCAGACCAUAUCAAUAAGCCUGUACCCUGUGCAAUACGAUCGAAACGAAGUCGUGUUUUCAGUAUCCCAAGAUUAUGGCAUACCAGAUAGUCUGAGGUCCCACGGCGAAUGGACUAUGGAGAGCUCCUCAUUUGAGAUUGUUCUGAGUGGAAACUAUUGUGGUGUCGAGUUCCGGAUGACAAUCCAGAGGAAACCCAUCUUUUACAUAUUAUCAAUACUAAUGCCCAUCAGUCUUCUGUCAUUUCUCAACAUGGUUGUGUUUGCAGUUCCGGCAGAGUCUGGAGAGAAGUUAUCCUUCUCGCUGACGACAAUGCUUUCACUGGCUGUCUACAUGAGUUUCGUAAGUCAGAUUAUGCCAAACAAAUCUGUGCCUCUGUCUUUCAUGGCUGUGUAUCUUGCGGCAGUUCUGUGUCUCAGUGCUCUUGCAAUCUUAGCAACAGUAAUGGUCCUUCGUUUGCAUCACAAACCGGAAACGGAACUGCCGCCAUUUUGGGUGACCCAGAUUUUGUGUGUGAAGAAGACUGCUCCUGAAGCCAAAGUGACGUACCGUGAGGUCAGUGGGCAGCUGGACAUUGUGUUUGGUAUGGUGUUUGGACUGUUUGCGGCCGUUGCCAUUGGAACACAAGUCUACAUGAUGCAGUUCAGAUGACUGAUGUGCUGAUUUCUACUCUCAGGUUUUGGAACUGCGAAGGUUAGGAGCAGCUGGAGAGACUCUAUUGCUUUGAUCACUGAUCCACUUUAUUUAGGUUUCAUUAUAUUAUGAUACAUACCAGGGACUCAUUCUCCGAUAUAGUUUCAUUCAGAGUCCAUUUCGAAUGACUUAACGUGAA